CCAACGCCUGACGCACUUCCUGUUUGUUGUUGGAGAAAAGGAGAGAAAGGAAAGCGCGAGGAGACGCCGCCACAGCCACCAGCGCAGCUGUGCCAGAGCCGCGAGGAGACCGGCCGCCCGACUUCCCCGCUUGCCGGCCGCCGCGUCCUCGGAUUUGUUCCAACACUCUGUGAAAACAUGGUGGACUACUAUGAAGUUCUGGGCGUGCAGAGACAUGCCUCACCCGAGGACAUUAAAAAGGCGUAUCGGAAACAGGCACUUAAAUGGCACCCAGACAAAAAUCCUGAAAACAAAGAAGAAGCAGAACGGAAAUUCAAACAAGUAGCCGAAGCAUACGAGGUGUUAUCAGAUGCAAAAAAGCGGGACAUCUAUGACAAAUACGGCAAAGAAGGAUUAAAUGGUGGAGGAGGAGGAGGUGGAAGUCAUUUUGACAGUCCGUUUGAGUUUGGCUUCACAUUCCGGAACCCAGAUGAUGUCUUCAGGGAAUUUUUUGGAGGAAGGGACCCAUUUUCAUUUGACUUCUUUGAAGACCCAUUUGAUGACUUUUUUGGGAACCGAAGGGGUCACCGAGGAACUAGAAGCCGAGGUGCUGGCUCAUUUUUCUCUGCCUUCAGUGGAUUUCCUUCUUUUGGAGGUGGAUUUCCUGCUUUUGAUACAGGCUUCACUUCGUUUGGGUCACUAGGUCAUGGGGGUCUUACUUCAUUCUCUUCAACGUCAUUUGGCGGCAGUGGAAUGGGCAACUUCAAAUCGAUAUCAACUUCAACCAAGAUAGUUAAUGGCAAAAAAAUCACUACAAAGAGAAUUGUGGAGAAUGGUCAAGAAAGAGUAGAAGUUGAAGAAGACGGACAGUUAAAGUCCUUGACGAUAAAUGGUGUGGCCGACGAGAACGCCCUUGCAGAAGAAUGCCAGCGGAGAGGCCAACACACACCAGCUCUGGCCCCCGGCCCAUCCCCAGCAACAGUUCGGCCCCCCUCCCAGGCCCGGCCCCAGACCCCAGCUUCAGCCCCGACUCCGACCCCUUCUGUCAGCACCCGCCCACAGAAGCUAACCAGGCCUGCCCCGACAGCCAAACUUGUGUCUAAAAGCAACUGGGAAGAUGAAGAGCAGGACAGGCAGCGGGUUCCUGGCAACUGGGAUGCCCCCAUGACCUCAGCAGGGCUCAAAGAAGGUGGCAAGAGGAAGAAGCAGAAGCAGAAAGAGGACUCGAAGAAGAAGAAGUCGACCAAAGGGAACCACUAGGCUGGACUUGGCGGCAGCCACAGCAGCCGCUCUCGUGUAUGGUGCGCAAGCGCACGGCAGCGGCAUCCUUUCAGUGCCGCCCAGGGCCACUUCGCUUAGAAGGAUAUGGACGUGUGCCCACGGAUCGGUAGGAUCAGGGGUGUUGGAGACAAAGGUGACAAUCCCGGGUGGCCCGAGUAAGCUUGUGACACAACCUCAGCCUUGUAACUCUGCUUUUCCUCAGUACUAAAUCCAUAGCGUUUUCCUCUUGAUUGUAAGGAUCUGCCUCGUUUUUUGCAGCAGCCCAAGCCCUGCUCCAGCACUGAGGUAUUUGUAGCUGUAGGAGUCCAUAGUGUCCAGUAGGGUGUGGCAUGUGUUUGGGAUAGACUGUCUCCUGGCGGCUGUACAGUGUGCAGUUUUAAGUCCAGCAGAACUUACAGGUAACAUAAGCUGUGCCUUGAGCCGUGGAUGUCAGGUUGCUUUUGAUUCAGGGUACUCUGGCAACACAUCAGGAGCCACUUCAGAUGGAGUGUCUUUCCUUAUAUUUAUUGUUCAACUUUUUAAUCUUCAGGUAGUCAAAAUUAGACACCAAAUAUAGUUUAGUUUUUGGAAAAUCUCAUCUUUUCUUCUUAGAAAUAUUCGUUCUUUUUUCAGUCAAAAGGUUUUGCUUAGCAGUACCAUUUCUAGCUUUCGUAGGUCAGUGCUACUGACUACACACACAGCAUAUAGUGGCACGUGCAAAAUAAUCAGCUUUGGAGCCAAAAGCUUGACCUCAGUUCUUUAGAUUGCAAAUAAUGGCCCCUUCACGAGCAUCGUCCUGUCACAAAUCAUGCCAUGCUGUCACCUAACUUGUAGUUUGCACUGAACACCAAGGAGUUCUGAUGCCUUCUCACUUCUGGGCUGCACGUGCCUCUUGGGGACAUGUUCUUUUCUUUUGGCCAUGACGAUCUGUUGUUCAAACUUUGUCCUCUUGGAAGUGAGCACAUCAUAAAAAGUGUUGGUGGGCUUGAGAUGCCAGCAGUUGGGUCUAGGAGUGUGGAAAGGAGAAGUGUGUGAGGUAUGGGCACUGCCGUAGGUAGGAGCUGGGACAGGGUCACCUGAGGUUUGAGGGUGAGACCACGAAGUGUUUGCUGUGUUUGCUUGGCUUUGGUGGGAAGAGGUGUGGGCAGUUACCAUGGAGUGUGGAUUGGUAUUUAAUGUGUGUUGUGGAAAUGUGACCCUCAAGACGUGAUGUAUUUUAGUGCUACUGACGUAAAUAAAAUGUAAACGUCACCGAG